CAGCUUCAUCUUUCAUUCUAACAUUAGGGUUUCAGGUUUUGUGCAUUUCUUCGACUGUCAGCAGCAGCAGCACCUCGAGAGCACAAUCAUGGCGGUCGGAAAGAACAAGAGAAUUUCAAAGGGAAAGAAGGGUGGCAAGAAGAAAGCCGCUGAUCCAUUUGCCAAGAAGGAUUGGUAUGAUAUCAAAGCCCCUUCCGUCUUCCAAGUGAAGAACGUUGGCAAAACCUUGGUUUCUCGUACUCAGGGUACCAAGAUUGCUUCUGAAGGACUCAAACAUCGUGUGUUUGAGGUUUCAUUGGCUGAUCUUCAAGGAGAUGAGGACAAUGCAUUCAGGAAGAUUAGGUUGAGAGCUGAAGAUGUUCAGGGGAAAAAUCUUCUUACCAACUUCUGGGGUAUGGAUUUUACCACCGACAAGCUUAGGUCAUUGGUGCGUAAGUGGCAGACUCUCAUUGAAGCUCAUGUGGAUGUUAAGACCACUGAUAACUAUACUUUGAGAAUGUUCUGCAUUGGGUUCACCAAGAGGCGCUCAAACCAGGUGAAGAGGACUUGUUAUGCCCAAUCAAGUCAAAUCCGUCAGAUUCGUAGAAAGAUGAGGGAGAUCAUGAUAAACCAGGCAACUUCAUGUGAUUUGAAGGAUCUGGUACGCAAGUUUAUCCCUGAGAUGAUUGGAAAAGAGAUUGAGAAGGCUACGUCCAGCAUUUACCCACUGCAGAAUGUUUUCAUUCGUAAAGUUAAGAUCCUGAAAGCUCCCAAAUUUGAUCUUGGGAAGUUGAUGGAGGUUCAUGGAGAUUACUCUGAAGAUGUUGGUACAAAGGUUGAACGACCUGCAGAUGAAACAAUGGUUGAGGGAACCCCAGAAAUUGUUGGAGCUUGAUCCAUUUCAUAAUGCAUUUUUGUUUGUUUAGGAUGCUUCUCCUGCUUUUACCGAUAUUUAUUCCAAAGUUUUGUUGUUGACUUGAAUGUUUUUUUACUGUAAUUUAAAUCUGGAUUUUUGGCAUGUCAUUUUCUAGUAAUGGUAUGGUAUUUUAGACCUAAGCGUAAGAAGCACCUAUUAAUGCCUCUAUUGUCUUUUUA